CGGCCGGGAGCGGCCGGGAGCGGGAGCCAGGAGUGCGCGCGCGGCUGGAGACUUGCUGGGGCUCCACUCCCUGCGGGAGCUAUUGUUGGUCUCGCUGGAGCUGAGCGCAGAGCCGGGACCUGCUCCUUCCUGGGCGCCCUGCUCGGGCACGCGGAGCCGAGGAGCCUCGCCGCCGAGAGCGAGAGGAGCCACCGGCGCGGCGCCUUGCCUCUCUGCCGCCCUCCUCCCCGCUUCCCCGGCGGUGGCAGCCUGCAGCCACGAUGGAAAAACUGAGAAUCAGAGAGGGCUAGUGAUCUCUCGGACUCUUGGUCAGUAGAAAGGAUCCCGUCCCAUCCUCCAGGAUCCGAUGGCCCUGGAGAGAGGGCUGCAGGGCCCACGGACACUGCUGACUCUUCAGAACGUGCUGACAUGGGGCCAGGUAGACUGAAAUUACCAUGUGUCCAAAUUAAAACUGCAUACUUCAAGGAUUAUUUGAAGGAUUAUUCUUAGACCCUUUUAAGAAGAUUUAAAGAAAAACCACUCGGCCCUGAGUGCGGCAAGGACCCUGUUUGUGGAUGUGGAGGAGCGCCGGCCGGAGGCCAUGGACGUAAAGGAGAGGAAGCCGUACCGCUCGCUGACCCGGCGCCGCGACGCCGAGCGCCGCUACACCAGCUCGUCCGCCGACAGCGAGGAGGGCAAGGCCCCACAGAAAUCCUACAGCUCCAGCGAGACCCUCAAGGCCUACGACCAGGACGCCCGCCUCGCCUACGGCAGCCGCGUCAAGGACAUGGUGCCGCAGGAGGCCGAGGAGUUCUGCCGCGCAGGCACCAACUUCACCCUGCGUGAGCUGGGCCUGGGGGAGGUGACGCCCCCACACGGGACCCUGUACCGGACAGACAUCGGCCUCCCCCACUGUGGCUACUCCAUGGGGGCCAGCUCCGAGGCCGACCUGGAGGCCGACCCUGUGCUGUCCCCCGAGCACCCCGUGCAGCUGUGGGCCCGCAGCACGCGGUCGGGGCGCAGCUCCUGCCUGUCCAGCCGGGCCAACUCCAACCUCACGCUCACCGACACGGAGCACGAGAACGCAGAGACCGAUCCCCCGGGCGGCCUGCAGAACCACUCUCGGCUCCGGACACCGCCGCUGCCGCUCUCGCACGCCCACACCCCUAACCAGCACCACGCGGCCUCCAUUAGCUCCCUGAACCGGGGCAACUUCACUCCGAGGAGCAACCCAAGCCCGGCCCCCACGGAUCACUCGCUCUCCGGAGAGCCCGCGGCCGGGGGCGCGCAGGAGCCGGCCCACGCCCAGGACAACUGGCUGCUCAACAGCAACAUCCCGCUGGAGACCAGAAACCUAGGCAAGCAGCCAUUCCUAGGGACAUUGCAGGACAACCUCAUUGAGAUGGACAUUCUCAGCGCCUCCCGCCAUGAUGGGUCUUACAGUGAUGGGCACUUCCUCUUCAAGCCGGGAGGCACCUCCCCGCUCUUCUGCACCACGUCGCCGGGGUACCCUCUGACGUCCAGCACCGUGUACUCACCUCCGCCCCGACCCCUGCCCCGUAGCACCUUCUCCCGACCGGCCUUCAACCUCAAGAAGCCCUCCAAGUACUGUAAUUGGAAGUGCGUGGCCCUGAGCGCCAUUGCCAUCUCAGCCACGCUGGUCAUCCUGCUGGCGUACUUUGUGGCCAUGCACCUGUUUGGCCUAAACUGGCACCUGCAGCCGAUGGAGGGGCAGAUGUAUGAGAUCACGGAGGACACAGCCAGCAGUUGGCCUGUGCCAACGGACGUCUCCCUGUAUCCCUCAGGGGGCACUGGGUUAGAGAUCCCUGACAGGAAAGGCAAAGGAGCCACGGAAGGAAAGCCCAGUAGUUUCUUUCCAGAGGACAGUUUUAUAGACUCUGGAGAAAUCGACGUGGGGAGACGGGCUUCCCAGAAGAUUCCUCCUGGCACUUUCUGGAGAUCUCAGGUGUUCAUAGACCAUCCUAUGCAUCUGAAAUUCAAUGUGUCUCUGGGAAAGGCGGCUCUGGUCGGCAUUUAUGGCAGAAAAGGCCUUCCUCCUUCACACACACAGUUUGACUUUGUGGAGCUGCUGGAUGGAAGGAGGCUCUUGACCCAGGAAGCACGGAGCCUGGAGGGACCCCAGCGCCAGUCUCGGGGAGCUGUCCCCCCUUCUAGCCAUGAGACGGGCUUCAUCCAGUAUUUGGAUUCAGGAAUCUGGCACCUGGCUUUUUAUAAUGAUGGGAAGGAGUCUGAAGUGGUUUCCUUUCUCACCACUGCCAUUGAAUCUGUGGAUAACUGCCCCAGCAACUGCUAUGGCAAUGGCGACUGCAUCUCUGGGACCUGCCAUUGCUUUCUGGGCUUCCUGGGCCCUGACUGCGGUCGAGCCUCCUGCCCCGUGCUCUGCAGUGGGAACGGCCAGUACAUGAAGGGCAGGUGCCUGUGCCACAGCGGCUGGAAGGGCGCCGAGUGCGACGUGCCCACCAACCAGUGCAUCGACGUGGCCUGCAGUAACCACGGCACCUGCAUCAUGGGCACCUGCAUCUGCAACCCCGGCUACAAGGGCGAGAACUGCGAGGAAGUGGACUGCAUGGACCCCACGUGUUCAGGCCGGGGGGUCUGCGUGAGAGGCGAGUGCCACUGCUCUGUGGGCUGGGGAGGCACCAACUGUGAGACGCCCAGGGCCACAUGCUUGGACCAGUGUUCGGGCCACGGAACCUUCCUCCCAGACACCGGGCUUUGCACCUGUGACCCAAACUGGACUGGACACGACUGUUCUGUCGAGAUCUGUGCUGCCGAGUGUGGUGGCCACGGCGUCUGCGUGGGGGGCACCUGCCGCUGCGAGGACGGCUGGAUGGGGGCGGCCUGCGACCAGCGCGCCUGCCACCCACGCUGCGCCGAGCACGGGACCUGCCGGGACGGCAAGUGCGAGUGCAGCCCGGGCUGGAACGGCGAGCACUGCACCAUCGAGGGUUGCCCUGGCUUGUGCAAUGGCAACGGCAGAUGUACCUUGGACCUGAAUGGGUGGCACUGCGUCUGCCAGCUGGGCUGGAGAGGAGCUGGCUGUGACACGUCCAUGGAAACCGCCUGUGGCGACAGCAAAGACAACGAUGGAGAUGGCUUGGUGGACUGCAUGGACCCCGACUGCUGCCUCCAGCCCCUCUGUCACGUCAGCCCGCUGUGCCUGGGCUCCCCCGACCCUCUGGACAUCAUCCAGGAGACACAGGCCCCUGUGUCCCAGCAGAACCUGCACUCCUUCUACGACCGAAUCAAGUUCCUCGUGGGCAGGGACAGCACACACAUCAUCCCCGGGGAGAACCCCUUUGAUGGAGGGCAUGCAUGUGUCAUUCGUGGUCAAGUAAUGACAUCAGAUGGGACCCCGCUGGUUGGUGUGAACAUCAGUUUUGUCAAUAACCCUCUCUUUGGAUACACGAUCAGCAGGCAAGAUGGCAGCUUUGACUUGGUCACAAAUGGCGGCAUCUCCAUCAUCCUGCGGUUCGAGCGGGCCCCCUUCAUCACACAGGAGCACACCCUCUGGCUGCCUUGGGAUCGCUUCUUUGUCAUGGAAACCAUCAUCAUGCGGCACGAGGAGAAUGAGAUUCCCAGCUGUGACCUGAGCAACUUCGCCCGCCCCAACCCUGUCCUGUCUCCUUCCCCACUGACGUCCUUCGCCAGCUCCUGUGCAGAGAAAGGCCCCAUCGUUCCAGAAAUUCAGGCUUUGCAGGAGGAAAUCGCCAUCUCUGGCUGCAAGAUGAGGCUGAGCUACCUGAGCAGCCGUACCCCCGGCUACAAAUCUGUCCUGAGGAUCAGCCUCACCCACCCCACCAUCCCCUUCAACCUCAUGAAGGUCCACCUCAUGGUGGCGGUUGAGGGCCGCCUCUUCAGGAAGUGGUUUGCUGCAGCCCCAGACUUGUCCUAUUAUUUCAUCUGGGACAAGACAGACGUCUACAACCAGAAGGUGUUUGGGCUCUCGGAAGCCUUCGUUUCUGUGGGUUAUGAGUAUGAAUCCUGCCCAGAUCUGAUCCUGUGGGAAAAAAGAACAGCAGUGCUACAGGGCUAUGAAAUCGAUGCUUCCAAGCUGGGAGGAUGGAGCCUGGACAAACAUCAUGCCCUCAACAUCCAAAGUGGCAUCUUGCACAAAGGGAACGGGGAGAACCAGUUUGUGUCUCAGCAGCCUCCUGUCAUCGGGAGCGUCAUGGGCAACGGACGCCGGAGAAGCAUCUCCUGCCCCAGCUGCAACGGCCUUGCUGACGGCAACAAGCUCCUGGCCCCCGUGGCCCUCACGUGCGGCUCCGACGGGAGCCUCUACGUGGGAGAUUUCAACUACAUCCGAAGGAUCUUCCCCUCCGGGAACGUCACCAACAUCCUGGAGUUGAGUCACACUCCGGCGCACAAAUACUACCUGACCGCAGACCCCACGAGCGGGGCUGUCUUCCUUUCGGACACCAACAGCCGGCGGGUCUUCAAGAUCAAGUCCACCGUGGUGGUGAAGGACCUCGACAAGAACUCCGAGGUGGUGGCGGGGACAGGUGACCAGUGCCUCCCCUUUGAUGACACUCGCUGUGGGGAUGGUGGAAAAGCCACGGAAGCCACACUGACCAAUCCCAGGGGCAUCACGGUGGACAAGUCCGGGCUGAUCUACUUCGUGGAUGGCACCAUGAUCAGACGCAUUGAUCAGAAUGGGGUCAUCUCCACUCUGCUGGGCUCCAACGAUCUUACCUCAGCCCGGCCCCUGAGCUGUGAUUCUGUCAUGGAUAUUUCUCAGGUUCGCCUGGAGUGGCCUACAGACUUAGCCACCAACCCGAUGGACAACUCCCUCUAUGUCCUGGACAACAACGUAGUCCUGCAGAUCUCUGAAAACCACCAGGUUCGCAUUGUCGCCGGGAGGCCCAUGCACUGCCAGGUGCCCGGCAUCGACCACUUCCUGCUGAGCAAGGUGGCCAUCCACGCAACGCUGGAGUCGGCCACUGCCUUGGCUGUCUCUCACAGCGGGGUCCUGUAUAUCGCUGAGACCGACGAGAAGAAGAUCAACCGCAUCAGGCAGGUCACCACUAGCGGAGAGAUCUCACUGGUUGCCGGGGCCCCCAGUGGCUGCGACUGUAAAAAUGAUGCCAACUGUGAUUGUUUCUCUGGAGACGAUGGCUAUGCCAAGGAUGCAAAGCUGAACACCCCAUCUUCCUUGGCUGUGUGUGCUGACGGGGAGCUCUACGUGGCUGACCUUGGGAAUAUCCGAAUCCGGUUUAUCAGGAAGAACAAGCCUUUCCUCAACACCCAGAACAUGUAUGAGCUGUCCUCCCCAAUCGACCAGGAGCUCUACCUGUUUGAUACCAGUGGCAAGCAUCUGUACACCCAAAGCCUACCCACAGGAGAUUACCUGUACAACUUCACCUACACUGGGGAUGGCGACAUCACGCUCAUCACAGACAACAACGGCAACAUGGUGAACGUCCGCAGAGACUCUACAGGGAUGCCCCUCUGGCUGGUGGUCCCAGAUGGCCAGGUGUACUGGGUGACCAUGGGCACCAACAGCGCACUCAAGAGCGUGACCACACAAGGACACGAGUUGGCCAUGAUGACGUACCACAGCAACUCUGGCCUUCUGGCAACCAAAAGCAAUGAAAAUGGAUGGACGACGUUUUACGAGUACGACAGCUUUGGGCGCCUGACCAAUGUGACCUUCCCUACUGGCCAGGUGAGCAGUUUCCGAAGUGAUACAGACAGCUCAGUGCAUGUCCAGGUAGAGACGUCCAACAAGGAUGACGUCACCAUAACCACCAACCUGUCUGCCUCGGGUGCCUUCUAUACACUGCUGCAAGACCAGGUCCGGAACAGCUACUACAUCGGGGCCGAUGGCUCCCUGCGGCUGCUGUUGGCCAACGGCAUGGAGGUGGCCCUGCAGACGGAGCCCCACCUGCUGGCCGGGACCGUCAACCCCACCGUGGGCAAGCGGAACGUCACGCUGCCCAUCGACAACGGCCUCAACCUGGUGGAGUGGCGGCAGCGCAGGGAACAGGCUCGCGGCCAGGUCACCGUCUUCGGGCGCCGGCUUCGGGUUCACAACCGGAACCUCCUCUCUCUGGACUUUGACCGUGUGACACGCACAGAGAAGAUCUAUGACGACCACCGCAAGUUCACCCUCCGCAUCCUGUACGACCAGGCGGGGCGGCCCAGCCUCUGGUCACCUAGCAGUAGGCUGAAUGGUGUCAACGUGACCUACUCCCCAGGGGGCCACAUUGCUGGUGUCCAGAGGGGCAUCAUGUCUGAGAGGAUGGAAUACGAUCAGGCGGGUCGCAUCACAUCUAGGAUCUUUGCUGAUGGGAAGACCUGGAGCUACACGUACUUAGAGAAGUCUAUGGUGCUGCUCCUCCACAGCCAGAGGCAGUACAUCUUUGAGUUUGACAAGAACGACCGCCUCUCUUCUGUGACCAUGCCCAACGUGGCCCGGCAGACGCUGGAGACCAUCCGCUCAGUGGGUUACUACAGGAACAUCUACCAGCCCCCCGAGGGCAACGCCUCAGUCAUCCAGGACUUCACGGAGGAUGGCCACCUCCUCCACACCUUCUACCUGGGCACCGGCCGCAGGGUGAUAUACAAGUAUGGCAAGCUGUCCAAGCUAGCCGAGAUGCUAUACGACACCACCAAGGUGAGCUUCACCUACGACGAGACCGCCGGCAUGCUGAAGACCAUCAACCUACAGAACGAGGGCUUCACCUGCACCAUCCGCUACCGUCAAAUCGGGCCCCUGAUCGACCGCCAGAUUUUUCGCUUCACCGAGGAAGGCAUGGUCAACGCCCGCUUUGACUACAACUAUGACAACAGCUUCCGGGUGACCAGCAUGCAGGCCGUGAUCAAUGAGACCCCGCUGCCCAUCGACCUCUAUCGCUAUGACGAUGUGUCGGGCAAGACGGAGCAGUUCGGGAAAUUUGGUGUCAUCUACUACGACAUUAACCAGAUCAUCACCACAGCGGUCAUGACCCACACCAAGCACUUUGACGCAUACGGCCGGAUGAAGGAAGUGCAAUACGAGAUCUUCCGCUCGCUCAUGUACUGGAUGACUGUCCAGUAUGAUAACAUGGGGCGAGUCGUUAAGAAGGAGCUGAAGGUGGGACCCUAUGCCAACACCACCCGCUACUCCUAUGAGUACGACGCCGACGGCCAGCUGCAGACGGUCUCCAUCAAUGACAAACCACUCUGGCGAUACAGCUAUGACCUCAAUGGGAACCUGCACUUACUGAGCCCCGGGAACAGUGCACGGCUCACCCCACUACGGUAUGACCUCCGUGACCGCAUCACCAGGCUGGGUGACGUGCAAUACAAGAUGGACGAGGACGGUUUCCUGAGGCAGAGGGGCAGUGAUGUCUUUGAGUACAACUCAGCGGGCCUGCUCAUCAAGGCCUACAACCGGGGUGGUGGCUGGAGCGUCAGGUACCGUUACGAUGGCCUGGGGCGGCGGGUGUCCAGCAAGAGCAGCCAGAGCCACCACCUGCAGUUCUUCUAUGCAGACCUGACCAGUCCUACCAAGGUCACCCACCUGUACAACCACUCCAGCUCUGAGAUCACGUCCCUCUACUACGACCUGCAAGGACACCUCUUUGCCAUGGAGCUGAGCAGCGGAGAUGAGUUCUACAUAGCCUGUGACAACAUCGGGACCCCUCUUGCUGUCUUCAGUGGAACGGGCUUAAUGAUCAAGCAGAUCCUGUACACGGCCUACGGGGAGAUCUACAUGGACACCAACCCCAACUUCCAGAUCAUCAUUGGCUACCACGGUGGCCUCUACGAUCCGCUCACCAAGCUCGUCCACAUGGGCCGGCGAGAUUACGACGUGCUGGCUGGUCGCUGGACUAGCCCAGACCACGAGUUGUGGAAGCAGCUUAGUAGCAGCAAUAUCAUGCCUUUUAAUCUCUAUAUGUUUAAAAACAACAACCCCAUCAGUAACUCUCAGGACAUCAAGUGCUUCAUGACAGAUGUCAACAGCUGGCUCCUCACCUUCGGAUUCCAGCUUCACAAUGUGAUUCCCGGCUAUCCCAAGCCAGACAUGGAUGCCAUGGAACCAUCCUACGAGCUCAUCCACACACAGAUGAAAACUCAGGAGUGGGACAACAGCAAGUCUAUUCUCGGGGUACAGUGUGAAGUGCAGAAGCAGCUCAAGGCCUUCGUCACCCUGGAACGUUUUGAUCAGCUCUACGGCUCCACAAUCACCAGCUGCCAGCAGGCCCCAGAGACAAAGAAGUUUGCAUCCAGUGGCUCAGUCUUUGGCAAAGGGGUCAAGUUCGCCUUGAAGGAUGGCCGAGUGACCACAGACAUCAUCAGUGUGGCCAACGAGGACGGGCGGAGGGUUGCUGCCAUCUUGAACAAUGCCCACUACCUAGAGAACAUGCAUUUCACCAUUGACGGGGUGGACACCCACUACUUCGUGAAACCAGGACCUUCGGAAGGCGACCUGGCCAUCCUGGGCCUCAGCGGGGGGCGGCGAACCCUGGAGAACGGGGUCAACGUCACUGUGUCGCAGAUCAACACGGUGCUCAGUGGCAGGACUAGACGCUACACAGACAUCCAGCUCCAGUAUGGGGCACUGUGCUUGAACACCCGCUAUGGGACAACACCGGACGAGGAGAAGGCACGGGUGCUGGAGCUGGCCCGGCAGAGAGCCGUGCGCCAGGCCUGGGCCCGCGAGCAGCAGCGACUUCGGGAAGGGGAGGAAGGCCUGCGGGCCUGGACAGAGGGCGAGAAGCAGCAGGCGCUGAGCACGGGGCGGGUUCAAGGCUACGACGGCUUCUUCGUGAUCUCGGUCGAGCAGUACCCGGAACUGUCAGACAGCGCCAGCAACAUCCACUUCAUGAGACAGAGUGAGAUGGGCCGAAGGUGACAGAGAGGACCGUGGCCGGGACUUCUUGCCAAAGACAGCUACUCUUUUGUGGCCGCAUACCUGACUGUGUUGUACUUAAAAAAAAAGAAUCCUUUUUUUAACAAGUGCAGAAAGCAAACAAACAAAAAAGAUACUGGGUUGCAUUAUAAUUCAUGCAACAUCCUUUUUUUUUAAGAAAAGAAAAACACAAAUUUGGCCUUCACACAUUUUUUGCAAAGAACAGAAGUCAGAUGUGAGAACCAGCACUGCACAGCAAGCCCUCAGUGUGGGCACCACGUCCAGAAGGGAAGGUCACCCACGGCAAAAGAAUGGCAGUGGUGGCAAGGGUACCAGCCUGCCUUCCUAGGUGAAGCCCUCUCCCCAUGACUUUGGGUAUCUUCCCUCCACUGCUCAGCUGCCACCACCGAGAAAUAGGAGUGUGGAGAGAGGUGCUUGGUGGCCUUUGAUUGUGGAAAGAGGCUUAAGAAGAAGUCAGCCAGACAGAGGAAAGCAUGAGUCAAGCAUCCUUCUAACGAGCUCCUGAAGGCUCCUUUGCCUCUCUUGUAUUGGGCUAAUUGCAGAGCUGGGAUGCAGCUGGAUAGGCUUUCAGGAAAUUCCUUCUGUGAAGUUCUUCUAAAACAGCUUCCCCUCUAGAGGAGCCCAACUGGGGUUUUAAAGCAAGAUUAAGGAGAAAGGAGGAAAGAGAUAAUUUGGUGUGGCCGGGCAGCGUCAAGCUACCCCACCAGGAUUGGGGGCGGUUCCUGAGGCUGGUGCCCAUGGAUCCAGAAGGCCGGGCUACAGUUGUCCCUGUGAAGACCUACGCCUGUGGUCAUUGGGCAGAAGUUUAAGUCCUUUCAGGAGCGAGUACAUCCCACACCUGGAGGGCAUGCCCAGGGAGAGGCAGCAGCCAAAUGGGCUGGGGGAAGCAUUGAGAGUAGGGGAGAGCUAGGAGCUCCUUUCUCCUGUUUUAUCUGCCUAAUUACCACUGUCAUUACCUCUCACAGGAGGCUCUGGGAGACCAGGAGGGGAAGCCAAAUGCUUCCUUUUAAGCUGGGCUUCUUAGAAAAUGGGACUUUUAUGGGUUACAUUUUACAUUGAGUGUGGAAAAUGAAUUUUGAGUCUGAGCUCCUUCCCGUGGAAACCUUGUUGGACUGACAAGCUCAUGGCACCUUUAUAGCCUUACUCACAGAGUCUUCAGAAUAUUCCAUGAGUUAAUGAAACCGAAAAGGUCUCUUACUGCAUGAGAAUCGGAGCAGCACGGAGGCCGGGGUCUACCUGGCAGAGGGAGGCACCCAGAGCUUCUCGGGAGAGGAGGUUUUGCCUUACGUCAUCCCACUGGGAUGAGAGGAUGUGUUUCGCUAAGUGCUCUUCCUGUUUCCAAAAAAAGUGACACUGCUGCUACGGUGUCUUGGACUAUUUGUCCACUGCUCCCAGAGCUCCGCUGAGUCAGAUGCAGUGCUCCCGGGCCCACUGUGCAAGGCGGGAGCUGGCGGCGGGUCCCAUCCGGCAGGAUCGUUCUUGGAUGGGAUGGAAAAUAGUUUGGCCUGAAGAACACAAGUUGUUUUUUUUUUUAAUCCAAAAGACACUUACGCCUCUCAAAUGUACUCUUGAUACAAGGAGCCCUUGAGCAAUGGGACCCUGCCCAUUGACCUAGAUGAUCAGUUCCAUCCUGGCUUCCUGACAUCAGUCAAGACCUGCUGGGGACGUCUACUUGGAGGUCAGAGACAGCACGAGGGCCGAAUGAACCAUCUCCCCACACCUCCCCAACCCUCUGACUCUCCACCCCUCACCCCCACCGAAGUAACAGUGUGGACUCUUAAAGAUCAAGAUCACAGAGAAUAAUUGAGCAUUCCUUUCCUUUAAACGAAUGACGUUACAUUUUUUCUGGGCCACGUACCACCGAGGAGGCAUAGCUUCUGUAUGGGGAGAAGAGGAAGCAUCCCCAGCCUUUAGAGAGGACCUCAGGUGUGGGGCAGGCAGCAUCACGCACCUCAGUUUCACACUGCUGCUGUUGCUGUUGGAGGUGGUGCUUCUGGCCUCGGCCCUUCUGAGUUGGUUUCCAUUUGGGCUGGCAGGUGACUCACUGCCUCCACUCUCAGUCUGUCCUGCUGAGACCAGCAGUGCCAAUCGCACCACAAGAGUGAGUCUGAAGGCAUAAGCCAGAGCUCCCUGUGCCUGCUCAGCGGCCUCCAGGCAUCAAAUCCCAUCUUUGACGGCACCUGGCCUUUUGGCAUUAACCAACCAAAACGUGUGCGUUCCUUAGAAUUACCAGCCCUCCCUCACUGGCUCAGGUUCAUUACCCUGCAGGAUGUCAGCUUCUGACCCUAGAAAAAGGGUUAUUUUGGAAGAGCUCCUGCCUUCUCCCGUAUCCUCCACAGCUGCCAUCAGCUCCUCAUCCUCAGCCCCUCUGUCAUCACCUGAAAUAGGACUUCAGUGAUUCCCCAACUUUGUUUUUUAUAGGAUGAGAUUUCCUUUUUAUCCACCCUCCAGGCAGACAUCACUGGAGGGCAGAGCUAUGACAACGGGAAGAAGGGAAAGGAACUCCACGAUCAAUUACCCCGAUGCUUGUCUCUCGGAACUGUCCACUGAGAAUUAACCCAAGGAACAGACUAGUGCCUGAUUUCUACCUAGGGAUGGAGGAUUUGAAACAAUUGCUAAGAAACUGACCAGAGGUUGAAAAUGGCCAGAGGGCGUGAUUUUAAAGAAUCGGGAUGAGGUGGGGCUGGGAGCAGAAGGUGAUAUAGGCAAGGAAGGGGAAUAAAACUGGGCAGUGUUUUUAUAGGCAGGUAACAAGGAAUCAGAUUUGUUUAAAAACAAACAAAAAAAAAUAAUAAAGGACCUUUUUAGCUGUGACUUUUAAGUACCACCUUAUAGGUGGCAGGGGUUUCCAAUAUGCAAAGAUGAGAUUUCCAUGUGAAAUCUUAGAAUAGUUUCACAUCUGCAGCCUGGUAUUUGCAGUUGCCAUGAGGUGAGGACCAUGAGGCUGAGCUUGGUGCCCAGGAGGAAGGAGUCUGCCGGGCCUCAGCGGGGUCUCGGGUUUUGGGGUUUGUUCCCCUGGUGCUUAAAGUCGAAUCUAUCCUCCACUCCUCACAGCAGCCGCUAAGCCCUGGCUGUGGCUUCUGGUCCUGAGCUGGGACCUGCCUCCUGAGGGGUCUUGGAAAGCACCCAGUCUCUUUUUUCCCUGGGGAUCCUCAUUAGGAUUAAAAGCCCUCUAUUUAAGGUUCAAAAUUCCCAGGUAGUUUAUACACUUGUCUGUAUUUUACUGGACAGGAGGGGAUUAAAGAAAGAACUCUGUAGUUCAAGGCCCUUUCAUUUUACCUUCAAAAAACAGCAAACUCAUUUUAAAGACUCAUUGCUCAGGUGAUAGAAACUCUAUCCUCUCCAACCUUUCCAUUCUCAGAAACCAGCCUUGUGUACGUGACCGCCCCAUACAGCAGGCCGAUGUUGGGUUUCUUACCCCCUCUGGAAUGCCAAAGGCAUGAUACUGGGCGACCUCUUGGUCCCGAAGAAAAUGUGUUUGAUUCUGAGGGCAAACUGCCAAUGGAGAACCAACUUUCGGGCAGGCUCAGCUAUCCUGGCAGAAGCUGAGUCACGGAUGUUUGCUGGUGCCUGGCAGCCCUAGAUUCACCCAACACCAGAAUCCCACUUUUCUACACCUGCCUGUUGUUCUUGAAGACUUCUGAACCCACAGCUUCAGCAAAAGGACUCUCCCAAGCUGCCUCUGGACGACCAACACUGGAGACUCUGGCCUUACCAUGUGGAAAUAGUUUUCCUGAAGUCUGGAACUAAUUUUGAGAAGUUUUUUUCUCAAUACUUUUGUGUUUCUAACACUGUAUUCUUGACUGUGUAAAUACCAACAAGGCUGUAAAUAAAUGCAGAUGUAGAUACCUUCUAGAAAAGAAAAAAAAGGCAUAAAAACAAAACUAGAAGUGAUCCCGUGUAGCCUUCGUUGACAAAUAAAAGAAUAUUUUGUGUUUAAA